AGAAACAUGUCCUUCACCCCCAGUGUUCAUUGCCCAUGUUUCCAACUGUGUUUCUAUUUCUAUUUACUGUCCAAAGUCCCAGGGGGCAGGAGAUGACAGGUUAGAUGGACUUAGACACUCAGACACAGGGACCCAGCUCUCGUCUAGACCAACCCCCUCUUCCCUUCUCCUCUAGCACCACCUGUCCAGUUGCCCCAGGUUUAACCCCUCUUUCUCCUUGUGCGUGGGCUGCCUUCGGAAGCCAGAGUUGGUCCUCUAUACCUAUAGCAGGAGUUCGCAUCUCAGCACAAACCCAAGUUCCAGCUAAAAAAAAUCUCAACUCAGUCCCUGACCUAGCUCUGGCCCUGGGGGCCCACCAUGGAGAAGGAUUUUCAAGACAUUCAGCAUCUGGACUCUGAGGAAAACGACUAUCAGCCCAGUGGCGAUGAGGAACAAGGCACUCAUGGGCAGAGUCCUAGGACAGAAAAUCCAUUUUGGAAAGGGCAACCUCCUUCCCAGCCCUUUACACAGAGCCUUGGCUUCAGGCUCUACCUCAAUCUGCUGGCCCUGGCCUUCAAUGUCCUGCUGCUGGUGGUCAUCUGUGUGAUUUCAUCUCAAAGCAUGCAGCUGCAAAAGGAGUUUUUGACCCUGAAAGAAAGUUUCAGCAACUUCUCCUCCAGCACCCUGAUGGAGUUCGGGGCUCUGGAUUCCCACAGAGGUAGCAGAGAUGACACAUUGACAUCCUUGAGAGCCAAACUGGAGAAAAAGCAGCAGGACCUGAAAGCAGAUCACUCCACUUUGCUCCUGCACCUGAAGCACUUCCCACUGGACCUGCAAAUCCUUACCUGUCAGCUGGAAUUCCACCACAGCAAUGGCACAGAAUGCUGUCCUGUUAACUGGCUGAAGCAUGGGGGUAGCUGCUACUGGUUUUCUCGGGUUGGGCUGACCUGGGCUGAGGCUGCCGAGUACUGCCAGCUGGAGAAUGCCCACCUGCUGGUUAUCAACUCAUGGGACGAGCAGAAAUUCGUUGUGGAACACACGGGCUCAUUUCACACUUGGAUAGGUCUCACUGACAGAGAUGGCUCCUGGAAAUGGGUGGAUGGAACCGAAUACACAAGCAACUUCAAGAACUGGGGCUUCUCUCAGCCAGAUAACUGGCAGGGCCAUGAACAGGGCGGAAGUGAAGACUGUGCUGAAAUCUUGUCAGAUGGGCACUGGAAUGACAACUUCUGCCAGCAGGUGAACCGCUGGGCCUGUGAAAAGAGGCGCAAUAUCACCCACUAGGAGCCUGCUCUACGGUGCCUUCCUUAUCGUGCCAUCCCCCCACCUCCCAACCCCCUGCAUCACCGCAACUUCUUCACUGGGGAUGUUGAAGCAAAGAAGAGAAAAGAGUCUGCAGCUUGAGGAGGAGUUAUGGGAAAAUGGCAAGGGGGUGGCUUUAUUAUCUCACUCUCUGGGAAGGCUGACAAUCUGGCUCUCUCCACAACACUGCAAUUGUUAUAAAUUUCAGCCUUCAGAAUGUAGAAGGAAAAAAAAUUGAUACUUGAAAGUCAUGUGGCCUGGGUAUUUGGAACUGGGACAAAAGAGAGGGAGCUGGGAGGGUUUGGAGGAAGCCAGGUGUGUUCCUGAUGACCAUUCCGUGACACACUGAUGAUCAGAGAGGGAGGGA